CAGCUUGUCACAUGGUACAAGGCUGUUGUGAAUAGCCUUGUACCAUGUGACCUCUGUGAUCAUUCACAGAUUUCACAAGUAGUAAGCAAUGAUGUCAGGAAGUGACAUCUCGUUUACUACUGUUCAUGUGAUCACUGAUUGGCCAAUCAGUGAUCACAUGAAUUGGGACAUCACACAGAGGUCCCAUACACCAUUGAGAAAUACUGUGAGAGCUGUGAUUGGUCACAGCUUGUCACAUAGUACAAAUCUGUUGUGAAUAGCCUUGUACCAUGUGACCUCUGUGAUCAUUCACAGAU